UUUUGCAUUUGCUCCGUUUAUAAAUAUAAAUAAUUACAAUAAUUUCUUAUCAAAUAGUAUUAAUAAGCUGUUAAUAAAAGUAAAUAAAUUAUUUAGAAAUGUCCGACAAUACUUUACUUUGUUAUAAUAAAGGAUGUGGACAGAAAUUUAGUGUUUUGGAUAAUAAAGAAGACUCUUGCAGACACCAUCCAGGUCUACCAGUAUUCCACGAUGCCUACAAAGGAUGGUCAUGUUGCAAUAAAAAGUGCACCGAUUUCACAGAAUUUUUGAACAUUAAAGGAUGUACUGUGUCCAAACACAGCAACGAGAAACCUCCUGAACCGGUAAAGCCCGUCGUGAACAAUGAAGAAAUCGAUAAAAUAAUCGAGCAAAAGCGUGCCCCCAUUGUAAAAACACGCAUGAGAAGACCUUCUAUACAUUCGGCCCUAACCUUAGUCGCACCUACUAUAAGCGAAUCGUUAAAGAACCAACUGCACACCAUUGUGGUACCUGAUAAGUCUUCAACGGACGGUCUUAUUGAAGUCGGCACUAUUUGCAAAAACGGUGGUUGCCAAACGGCUUACCAAGGACCCGAAACCGAUGACACAACAUGCACCCACCAUCCAGGCACUCCGGUUUUCCACGAAGGCCUAAAAUUCUGGUCGUGUUGCAACAAACGCACGACAGACUUCAAUGCAUUUUUGAGCCAAGUCGGGUGCUCUCUUGGAAAACACAAAUGGACCAAAGAGGUUACUGAUAAGACGGCUGUCCAGUGCCGUUGGGAUUGGCACCAGACUGCGACCAAUGUGGUUAUUGCUAUUUAUGCAAAAGAGUACAAUCCUGCUGAUAGUGUUAUCCAAGUGAAUCCAAUUAGGUUGAUCGUCAGACUGAUGUUUCCCAAACAGAACAACUCGACGUUCCAACUGGAUAUGGAAUUGUUUGGGAUAAUAGACGCCGAAAAGACAACCGCCCAAAUGUUGGGCACCAAAGUCGAGAUAAAACUGGUCAAAGCCGAACCAGGAACCUGGACGAAAGUGCACUUCCCUCGGGAACUUGCUCCCGCCAAAGACAAACCCGAAGCAGAAACAGAAACGACCGACAAAGCCGACGACAGCGUCGACUUGAAUUGCAUCGAAGCGAUAGGAAAAGUCUACGUCAAUGAAGUUCAAUAA